AUGUUGCGAGUUUUAGGCAAUUUACUUCAAUUUUGUCACAUUGACAACUAUCGGUCUCGGGGAUUUGGUGCCGCAGAGCGACACCUACCUGGUGAGAGAGGAUCUGAUUUUUGUACAAGUAGGACGGCUUAUACUUACGCUGAGCUUCAGGUGAUCACUCUGAUGUACUGCGCCAUCGGCUUGGCGCUGACGACGAUCGCCAUAGAGAUCGCUGCCGAUGCGCUCAAGAAACUACAUUACUUCGGACGAAAAGUCGAGAACGUCGCCAGCAUUCAAGUGUGGUUCGGUGGCAAAAAGAUGUCCAUGAAAGCGCUAGUGAAGAAUCUUGGGGACCAGUUCAAUGUUCCUAUCGAAGAGUUGGAGACGUUGAAUCUUGAACAAUUCGUUGAUAACGCCAUCAAAGUCGAAGCGGGGGAAUUAGCAACAUUAAGAGUGAGUCGUCCUCCUUAUCCUCAUGGUCCUCUGGUUCCAUUUCCUUUUUCACUUCACAGUUACAUGCUACAGAAAUUUUGUCGACAAAGCCUGGAUGAAUUCGAACUAUUGGCGAGCGAUCGAGUCCGAUACGAUGCACUACGUCGACGACGACGACUUGGUGACACUUCAAAGCAAUCGUAA